UUUCUUAUAAUCUAUACCCUUCUUAUUCUCUAGGGUUUCAGAUAUUCGUCUCCAGUAUCUCUGUUCUCGAUUGGUGUUGUUCAGAGAUCUAUCCCUGCGAGGUGAUUAACAUUCAAAUCCUUAUCCAAGAUGGCGAUGGAAGUAACCAUGUUGCUUUUGAAUGCACAAUCGGUAGAUGGUACUGUACGGAAGCAUGCAGAAGAAAGCCUAAAGCAGUUCCAGGAGCAAAACCUUCCCAGUUUUCUGUUCUCUCUUUCUGGGGAAUUGGCCAAUGAUGAGAAACCUGUUGAUAGCCGUAAAUUAGCUGGUUUAAUCCUCAAAAAUGCAUUGGAUGCAAAAGAACAGCAUAGGAAGUUUGAACUUGUACAGAGAUGGUUAGCAUUGGACUCAUCUGUGAAGGCUCAGAUCAAAUCGUGCCUAUUGCAAACCCUUUCAUCUCCUGUACAUGAUGCUCGAUCAACUGCAUCUCAAGUCAUAGCAAAGGUUGCAGGAAUUGAUUUGCCACAUAACCAGUGGCCUGAGUUGAUAGGAGCACUUUUGUCAAACCUUCACCAACUUCCACCUCAUGUGAAGCAGGCCACUCUUGAAACUCUUGGUUACUUGUGUGAGGAAGUUUCUCCAGAUGUGGUAGAUCAAGAUCAAGUAAAUAAGAUACUUACAGCUGUGGUUCAGGGAAUGAACUCUUCUGAGGGAAAUACUGACGUCAGGCUUGCUGCCACCCGAGCAUUGUAUAAUGCUCUGAGCUUUGCUCAGGCAAAUUUUUCCAAUGAUAUGGAACGUGACUAUAUAAUGAGAGUUGUCUGUGAGGCAACUUUGUCUUUUGAAGUGAAGAUCCGGCAGGCAGCUUUUGAGUGCUUGGUCUCUAUUUCAUCAACUUAUUAUGAUAAGCUUGCUCCUUACAUACAGGACAUUUUUAACAUCACAGCAAAGGCAGUGAAGGAAGAUGAAGAGCCUGUUGCUCUUCAGGCAAUCGAAUUCUGGAGCUCAAUCUGUGACGAGGAGAUAGAUAUAAUAGAAGAAUAUGGAGGUGAAUUCAGUGGUGACUCUGAUAUUCCAUGCUUUUAUUUUAUCAAACAGGCACUCCCUGCUCUUGUUCCUUUGCUACUAGAGACACUACUUAAGCAGGAGGAGGAUCAGGAUCAGGAUGAAGGAGCAUGGAACCUUGCAAUGGCUGGUGGAACAUGUUUAGGUUUGGUCGCACGAACUGUGGGAGAUGACAUUGUUCCACUUGUUAUGCCAUUCAUUCAAGAGAACAUAACAAAACCAGAAUGGCGGCAGAGGGAAGCAGCCACUUAUGCAUUUGGUUCUAUCUUGGAAGGUCCAUCGCCGGACAAGCUUACAUCUAUUGUUAAUGUUGCUCUAAACUUCAUGCUCAGUGCCUUGAUGAAGGACCCAAACAACCAUGUGAAGGACACCACUGCUUGGACCCUUGGGAGAAUAUUUGAAUUCCUUCAUGGUUCAACUGUGGACACACCUAUUAUUACCCAUGCAAACUGCCAACAGAUAAUCACGGUUCUGCUUCAGAGCAUGAAGGAUUCUCCCAAUGUUGCUGAGAAAACCUGUGGUGCUCUCUACUUCCUUGCACAAGGUUUUGAGGAUGUGGGCUCGUCAUCCUCCCCAUUAACUCCCUUUUUCCAGGAUAUAGUCCAAGCUCUUCUAACUGUGACACAUCGAGAAGAUGCUGGAGAAUCACGCCUCCGAACUGCUGCUUACGAAACUUUAAAUGAAGUUAUGAGGUGUUCUUCGGAUGAAACAGCCUUGAUGGUUAUGCAACUAGUUCCUAUCAUCAUGACAGAGCUCCACCAGACACUAGAGUCACAAAAACUCUCCUCUGAUGAGAGGGAAAAGCAGAAUGAAUUGCAAGGUCUUCUGUGCGGAUGCUUGCAGGUCAUGAUACAGAAGUUGGGGGGCUCUGAGCCAACAAAGUAUGUCUUCAUGCAGUAUGUGGACCAAAUGAUGGGCCUCUUUUUAAGGGUCUUUGCUUGCAGAAGCGCCACUGUGCAUGAGGAGGCCAUGCUUGCUAUUGGAGCAUUGGCUUAUGCUAUAGGCGCAGAUUUUGUAAAAUAUAUGCCUGAGUUUUAUAAAUACUUGGAAAUGGGUCUUCAGAAUUUUGAAGAGUACCAGGUCUGCGCUAUCACAGUUGGUGUGGUCGGGGACAUAUGCAGGGCAUUAGAGGAUAAAGUACUGCCUUACUGUGAUGGAAUUAUGACACAGCUUCUCAAGGACUUGUCUAGCAACCAGUUGCACCGAUCUGUAAAGCCUCCAAUCUUCUCCUGCUUUGGUGACAUUGCCUUGGCAAUAGGAGAAAACUUUGAGAAGUACUUGAUGUAUGCCAUGCCCAUGCUCCAGAGUGCAGCAGAACUAUCUGUCCAUGCAUCAGGUGCGGAUGAUGAAAUGGCAGAGUACACCAAUCUUUUAAGAAAUGGGAUUUUGGAGGCAUACUCAGGGAUAUUCCAAGGCUUUAAGAACUCUCCUAAGACCCAGCUACUGAUGCCAUUUGCCCCUCAUAUCCUUCAGUUCUUGGAGAGCUUGUACAUGGAGAAAGACAUGGAUGAUGUGGUGAUCAAGACUGCAAUUGGAGUCUUGGGUGAUCUAGCUGAUACAUUGGGUAGUAAUGCUGGUCCCUUGAUUCAGCAAUCUGUGUCAAGCAGAGACUUUUUAAAUGAAUGCUUGUCCUCUGAUGACCAUUUGAUUAAGGAAUCUGCCGAAUGGGCCAAGUCGGCCAUCAGUCGAGCCAUUUCUGUUUGAUACAGCUGCUGCUCGGUAUAUUCUUUCUUAGAAGUCCCUGCAUGCAUUUGGGUGUGUCGAGUUGGGGGUCUGGGAUUGCAAACCAUGUGUCCGGUCGUUACCAUUUUCACCAACAGGAGUCGGGGUUUGUUGGGGUUGUUACUAAUUCUUGCAUCAGCGCCAUGGAGUCCGGUUUGUUUUUCGUCUCAUUGAGGAAGUGGGUGGUGAUGGCCCACAAACCUUGCUAACUUUGCAGAGAUGGGUGCAGACCUCUCUUACAGAUAAAAGAAAGAGAAAAAGAAGUUGACUGUAUGGGAGGAAUUGGGGUUGGGUGGGGGAGUGGGCUGUGAUUGUGAAGCAGUCACAGUUCUGGUCGUAUUGUCACUGGUAUUAUGUCCGCACUGGUUCUACUUGAAAUCACAUCUUAUGAGGACACCAUCUCACCCAGCUGGCACCAUCUUCUUCCAAUUGGCAAGUAGUCAAGAGUCUUAGGUGUUUCAAGUGGUAGAUGCCCAUAAAUUUUCGGGUGUUGCAGCACUUGAGGUACACUCCCAGUGGUAGUCCAUAUAUAUAUAUAUUUAACUGUCUCAUUUCCCCCCUGUACUUCUCUUUCCUUUUUGUCCAAAAUUUUGUAUUGAGUCUUGCAUUGUUUCAGGUUUUCUGUUUGUAGCAGUCGGGGUGGGUCAUGUCAUAUCUCUUCCUUGCUUUUCUAUAUACUUAUUUUGUGGGGCUUGGAAUUUCCCACAUGGUAUAGGGCAUUUAUAUCCUGCAUUAAUCAUAUUUCAUCAUCAAUUACUAUAGGUGCUUUUUAAGUCGAUGUCUAAAUCCCCUCCAUUGAGCAAAAUCAUAUUGCUGCUAUUUGAUUU